CAACAGGAAGUAGAUGCUCCCCAAACUUCCGCUAAGGAUGCGCGAAACCCUCUGAGGGAUUUCCCUUUAUUUGAUAUCCUUGUUGAUUUCCAAUACAGAAAAAAUACACUAACAAAAGACUAGAAACACGGCGACAGUCAUGUCAGAGACGUACGAUUUCCUGUUUAAAUUUCUUGUGAUUGGGAAUGCAGGAACUGGAAAAUCAUGUCUUCUUCACCAAUUUAUAGAAAAACGAUUCAAAGAUGACUCGAAUCACACCAUAGGGGUUGAAUUUGGCUCAAAGAUUAUUAGUGUGCUCAACAAAUUUGUCAAGCUUCAGAUCUGGGAUACAGCAGGACAGGAGCGUUUCAGGUCUGUAACACGUAGCUACUACAGAGGGGCAGCGGGGGCUCUUCUGGUUUAUGACAUCACUAGUCGAGAAACAUACAACGCUCUAACCAACUGGCUAACAGAUGCCAGAAUGUUGGCCAGCCAGAACAUCGUGAUCAUACUGUGUGGAAAUAAGAAGGAUCUAGAUGCUGAUCGUGAAGUCACCUUCCUGGAGGCGUCACGCUUUGCUCAAGAGAAUGAGCUCAUGUUUUUGGAGACUAGUGCCCUAACAGGAGAGAACGUGGAGGAAGCUUUCGUCCAGUGUGCUCGAAAAAUCCUAAACAAAAUAGAGUCAGGAGAGCUGGAUCCAGAGCGGAUGGGUUCAGGAAUCCAGUACGGGGAUGCAGCGCUGCGCCAGCUUCGUUCUCCCAGACGUGCACAGGCAGAGAGCGUGCAGGAGUGCGGCUGUUAGCACAGAUACCCGGACAGAUGACCAAUCAGGCAGGUUUUGUGAACACUGGGAAGAUAUUAAUGAGGAGUGUGACAUGAGGCUCAUCAUGAUAGAGCAACUGUUUCCCUCAACUUACUUUAACUUCUGUUCAGACAUGCCGAGGGUCCCAAUGCACUUCAGAAGGCACCGGAAACUGUUUACUACUCCCUUCGGGCCUAGGCAAAGACAUCCGUGGUACCCAAAACCUAUAGGGUAGUUAAAAGACCCUGCCCUUGAGAUUACUGCACUGAGACCCUGCCCUAUCCUUUCAUCUUUAAUGUGUAGAUCUUGUGUAGAGAAGAUAUUAUAUUAUCACUAUGGAGCAUGUUUCCUGGUUGCAGUACUACAUUAUUAUAAAUUACUAUACACAGUAUAUAUAUAUGCAUUACUGCUAUUUUAACGUGCCGCUGUAAAUCUCCUGAUUGAAAUGAUGUGCUUUAUUCUGCCAACAUAUCAUUGGCUUUUCGUUAUGAUCAUUUUCACCUUGUCAGUGUGUUUUAUAGGUAAACAAAAAUGGUUAUUGACAUCUGUAUAAAAAAACAACUUUGUUCUGGUAUUAUAUAUUUGUUUUGGGCUCAAGACAAUUCAAAAGGCAAAAUAUGGGCCACUGCACACUUUUCAUAUCACACUGUAAUCAAUUAUCAGUGUCAGCAGCUUUAAAGUCACAGUGUUACAGUGCUAGCUAUUUAUUGUAAGGCAUUUAAGUGCUGUAUUCUGAAUUCUUUAAGAUGUUUCUUGGAUUAACACCAUGUUGUGUUUAAAGCUAGAUUGUGUUAUCGUCUUUUUGUUUUAUGAAGAAAUUGAACUGUAUAUUUUUUUCUUUUAAAUUGUACUCUUCACCCCUUUCUCCUUUAAUUUUAAAUAUACAUAUUUUAAACAAA